UGUGUUGUGCUGUGGUGGUGUGAAAGUGUGUCACACGGCAACAGCUUGGGUGCACAGUUGGAGGUCAGGGCAACUAGGGCAGACAAUUAAAAUUAGGCAAAGCCAGAGGACAAAAAAGUGUUGAACUGCGCCUGGGAUGGUUCACUUGUGCGUGUCCAUUUCCAACGAUGGUCUCAGGCUGGAAUCUGUUCAACAGAGAUCACAAAAGUCUGUGCAAAGAAAAGGAGCUAAGGUGAUUAAUAUGGCUACUUUGCAAAGAAAGCCAAAAUCAAGAAUGGCUCUAACUCGGCAAGAUCGUGGCUCUUGCUCUUCCACCUCAUCUUGUCCUGUCUUCUCUGGACCUUACAGUGACCACAAGGAUCACCCUCCACUGAGACGCCAGUCUUCUCCUGUACUCAAAGAUUCUCUUUCCAGCCUUCACUGCAACACAGGUCAAAGCUCAAAAGGUUCUUUACUCAGCCUCCAAGAGCCUGGUUCCCGCCGCCAAGGAUCUUUGUCAAGUUUUCAAGAAUCUCCCUCCAGCUUCCAGGUCUCUUUGCCCAAUCUUAGGGAAUCAGUGUCACAGAUUAGGAGGCGAUCGCUAAGCAGUCUGGAAAACUCCUCCCAAAGUCCCAGUGAGUGGGGCAUGGGUGUCCAAAGCGGCAAUGGUAGCUCCAGUGAUGAUGAUGGCAGCUGGGAUACAAACAGUUGGAGCUCAGGAGCUACUUGUCUUUUAAGGACACCCAUCAAAACAGAAGACAAUGAGGCUUCGGAGGACCCAUCUGGAGAAACCAGCAACAAUAACCAGGCCUCGUCAGCUUCUCGGUUUGAGGAUGAAAUUAUUUAUCAGAACCUCGUAUUCUCUCAUCCUGCAGUUCAAGAUGAAAGCAGCAAUUGUUUUGCUAUCAAAGUUUGUAAAGAUGAAGGUAAGCCAAACAUGACUUUGCCCAGGCUUGGUAAAAGCCUUUCGUCUGUGUUUUCCAGUCAGCAGGAUCAAAGAGCAGAGGAAAUGCGCAAGUUCUCCCAGUUUCUGAAUGAGGUAACUUGCAGAGUGUUAAAUUUUGAACAAGGUCCUCCUCAGCAACAAUCCACCCUUCGCCAUUCCUACAUGUCUCCACCACCUCCGCCACCCUCGACUCCAUCUUACCCUCCAAUUCACUCAGCCCAAAAAAACCCUUUUUCCACAUCAGUAUCAAGCUUGUGGUACAGCCCGACUAGCUCAAACCUUCAGACCAUUAAGGAAUACGACUCCAAGGACAUUACAAGUUCCAUUCAACAGUGGAGCAAAACAUUACCCAGCUGUAAGAUCUUAGAGCCUGAGGAAGUCUUGAGGAAAGUAAAAGGGGGUAGUCACUCAUACAAGGAGCAUAACCUAGACCUUUGCACGAAGAUCCAAACCCAGCCGUCCACUGGGAGACUUUAUCUAGAGACUGACAUUGACAGAGUGAGACGGCUUGACGAGCUGGAGGCUAAUGGAACCAUUGGGAAAGACAAUGUGCUGGGAAAAACUUUGGAAAAAGCAAAAGAAAAGAGAACCAGAAUUCCAUGGGAGAGAAACGAAGACACAGGGAUGGAGAAAGGAAGGCAGAGGGAGAGGAUAAAAGAGAAUAUUUGGGGGAACGAGAAAGGACGAGAAAAGUCCAUAGAAAGAGGAAAACCCUCCUGGGAGGACGACAGGAUUACAAAACGAGGAAGGGAAAAAGAGAAAAAAGUGACACCCAAAAGUUAUGGGACAUCUCUUCCUAAACUGACCACCAUUGAGCGGAGCAGCCCCUGCCCUGUUUUCAGCUGGCCAGAGGGAUUUCCCAGAAUGUCCUAUAGAUCUGCUUCACUGCCUCGGGCUGCCAAUGUGACAGAUUCGGAUGGAGAGAUGCGACACGACAACAGCUCCCUCCACGACCACAAAGACGAUAUCCGCAAGCGCCUGUCCCACACAACCCAGAAGCUAGAGAUGGUGGAAACAGAGUUCGACUCCACUCGCCAGUACCUGGAGACAGAACUCCGCCGGGCUCAAGAGGAGCUGGAGAAAUUCACAGAGAAGCUGCGCAGGAUCCAAAGCAGCUAUGCAGCUAUUCAAAGGAUCAACCAGGAUUUAGAGGAAAAGAUGUGCAGAGCGUCCCAGCAUCAUGAAGAGGAAAAGAGAGCCCUCAGCCGAGAAAUCAUUGUACUCAACAACCACCUCAUGGAGGCCAAGAUCACCAUUAAUAAACUCAGAGAGGACAACGACCUGUAUAGGAAAGACUGCAACCUGGCAGCUCAGCUGCUGCAGUGCUCCAAGUCCCACUACAGAUCGCACAAAUUAUCAGAGUUGCCACUUGACUUUCAAGAACGAAUCAGUUCCCACAUCGAGAAAAAAAACCGAAGCAGAGGAUCCAAAAUGGCGGAGUGUCACCCCAAGUAUUCUGACACAGUCCCCACAUCCAUAAUAGCCAAGAUUCUGGAGAAGCCUGAGGCAGGGACCAGCGUCUCUGCAACCCGUUCGCCUAGCCCCCAGCACCAGAAUGAGGAUUUUCUAACAGGAACAGGAAGUACUGAUCACCUAAACCGCCGUGCUGCGUACAAGACAUCCGACCUGUACUGCAGCGACACUGCCCUAUACUGCCCUGAACGAUGGCAAGAUACAGAGCGGAGGCAGAGCGUGGAUCUUCACAACACAGAUUUGCUACAGAUCCACGCUCAGAACUCCAUGGACAGUAACCCGGAUGACGAUCCUUUUCAGUCUGGAAGUUUCUCCCAUGAGCCUCCGUCCCCCUUCCCCCCCCACGACGAAUAUGGUGCUGGAAGUCUUCCUGCUUCUAGCUCCUACUCUAGCUUCAGUCUUGCAUCUGAUGAGAAGGGUGGAGUUAGUGGCGGGUGUGGACGCACUCUAAGCAGCACCUUAUCCUCUUCGCACCAGGGUCUAUACAUGGACUGGCGAAAUGGGGGCAGUGGUGACUAUGAACGAAAAGGCACAAUGCCUUACGACAAAGACACUCCGAGUUUUUCCAAAUCCCACAGCAUCCAGCACAUGGUGACCUCCAGGAGCCCACUGAAGGGCACCUCCCCAGCCUACUCAAGGACAGCUUCUUGCUUCAGUGAACCCUAUCACUCCAGCACCCCUCACCUGACUUCAUCCCACAGCAUGGGACCCAUUCCUGGGCUGGGUCAGGCUUGUGGAGGAGAUUUGGACAACCGAGACGAGGUUUCAGAAGACGAACUUAGCAGUCGCUGGAGACAACUCAGUGUGGAGGACAUCAACACCUUCUCCUCCUCUUUUCGCGACAUUACAGGUCGGCUCUCUCCCUACAGUUUCUCUGAACAUCAAUUUGAAAUGUGCCCCUCUAGGAAAGUCAAGGAUUCUCUCCAAGGAGGCAUCCAUGAUGGAGACGACGUCUUCCACAGCCGUGUCCUAGACCAAUGCUUUGCUAUGCCUUCACCUAGGCAUGGCCAAAAAGCUAAAGACCAUCGUAGCAAAGACAAAAAAUCUGUGCUGUACAGAGCCAAGGAAGACAGUCAAGACUCUGAAUGUAGUCUGUUCCUAUCAGGGAGCUCUAGAGACAAAGAUGGCAGUGGAGGAGUGACAGCAGCAAUUAGUGCCAAGAAGGACUAUGUGAACCUGAGCAUGGACAGCUCAGCAGAGUCCCUACACCAAAGCUCUCUUGAAGCCUCCAGUCUGCAGCACUACCCCAGCCCCAGGCCUAGCAUUCGCCCGCGCCCAAGCUCCAGCUCUGCCCUCAGUGUCGGCCCCGCACUCCCGAAGAAGACCUCUCCAAGAUACCAAAAAUUCGGCAGCACAGGACUGACGAGGAAGGACAGCUUGACCAAGGCACAGCUAUAUGGUACUCUCCUGAAUUGAGUAGAAGAGGAGAGCUUUUCAUUUUAUGCAUGACAAUGAAAAUUCCUAACUGUACUGUACUGCACUAUGUCUCUGCAGCAAGCAUACUUGUGAUGGGAUGUUGUUUUCCUUUUCUGUAUCUUAGCCAAGGCACGCGUCAUGAAGUCUACAACCUUUUUUGUUGUUGUCUUGUUACAGUGUAGCCUGACACCAGCUAUUCAGUCUGUUUUGGUUUUUGUAAUUAGGUUUUUAAUUGGAGCCGUGAGAAUGAAACAGCCGAUCCGACAUGGCAAUGCUAAUGUUAUUUGCUCUUUUUUGAUGUUGUGCACUGAAAGAAUAACCAGCAAAAGUCCAUUAAUUCCUGCUUUAAUGCAAACAAUAUUGAUGUGGAACUAAAGUGUCCGUAAUGGGAUGACUUAAUUACCCAUAUUUGGGCUAAAAAAAACUCAUCCAUUAUGUGUGGUGAAUUGUACCGACUGCAAGCUGUUAAGCGAUUUAUCCCUUCCUUUUUUCUUCUUGACAAAAUGCAUGAUGUAAAAUGCACACAAAUAAGACGAGACGACACAUUUGCAGACAGACUGUUAUUGAUAAAUGGUACAUUCCACCUUUUAGCACAAAAGUAAAAAAAAUCGUUUUACAUACCAUCUGAUAUUUUAUAAUAUCUACGAGCAAAACCUAUUUUUCCACAUGUGUUGCUUGAAAUUGACUGACAAAUAUUACCUGGAUAACCUUUAAAGUUAUUAGUUUAAAAAAAAUCAAUGUGCAAUUAAAAGUACAGAAUGAAUAUUGUUUACAAAGCGAUGUAAAAAAAAUCUUAAGUAGAUAUAGCUAAAAGUUAGUUUCCUGUGUAAAAACAUAACAGCAGCAUGCAACAUUUUCAGUAGAGUUGUUUUCCAAAAGCACAUUACAGUGUUAAUAAAAACACAACAACAAUGCUAAAUAUAUAUUUUGUUCAACAGAUGUCUUAUUUAUCCUUAGAAGGAAAAGUUUAAAAAUUCGUUUUCUGCUUUUCACUUUAAUGAAGAUCAUCCGUUUCUUUGAUACCUCAUAUUUUGUUAUAUCAAGUUCUUAAGGUUAUUAGUUUAUUCCCAUCUCUCUUAAGGUCCCACAACAGCAUCUCCUCAGAGUUGAGGUCAGACUACAUCACUCCAACACUUUUAUUUUGCGUUGCAUUUGCUUAGGAUUUCUUUAUUUGUCUUUACAUUGUUGUCAGGUUAAAGCUAAGCUAAAGCUCUCGUCUCUGAAAUGCUCUUGUACAAAGAACAGCUCGAUUGGCUAAAAUGGUCUUUCAGCAACAAAGCAAACCCAAAUCACUAUUCUUGUACCGCAUUGCUCUAGAGUUGGUUUGAGAGAAACAUGACUCUUGGCAAUAGUGCCGCUCAACUGCAUUUUGUCAUCAUCUGACCAUUUGUUCAUAUCCAAGAUAUAUAAUGAAUCUUAGUCAUCAAGUGUUUUUGCAAUUUUAGGACAAAUGAUUUUCCCUUUAGAGUAAAAUAUACUUCUUAAGCUUCUUAUAAUUGUAGUAUUUUUUUCCAUAUUCUGAAAUCCUUUGGCUACUUGUAGGAAAAACUACAAGCUUUACAAAAUUCUAAAUGAAUUAGUGGCACCUGAAUGCAAUCCACCCUCGUGAACCCAAUGACAGCAGGAAGAGGGUACCUAAUGUUGCCUCCAUGUUCCUUCUCCUUUUAGGCCUAUUAUGUGUUUUAAUCAUUGUUAAAAGGUUGUAAAUGACCAAUUUUUGAUAUUUUCUUCCUGUUUUUACAUUUUAAAGAAAUUACCACUUUUAUCAAAGCGGUACUAACUCUUGGUCAUGACUAUGUGAGCUGUAGUUCUUUAUUUUACACAGCGAAGGCUUUUCAUAUUUUUGUACAACAAGGACAGAAUUAUAUUGGCGGCUGUACUGAACAGUGUCUACCGAAGUAUUCGAGUCGGACUCCUGCGAAUUUGCCUUAACCAUGUUCAGUGGACAAGAAAAUCUCCUUUACACCACCUAACCAUGUACAUGCUGUAUAUCUAAAGUAGUAUCACUGUAUGUAAAAGAACACUAUUGGAAGUGUGUACGUCGUUGCCGUCAGAUAAACACUGCACGAUAUGUGAACGAUUAUGUAUGCUGUUAUUUUCUGCAGAUUUGGGUCCAUAAAAGACGAACGGAAACUUGACGAUGCAGAAAAAUAUAAAUCUGGAUGCAAAUUUUCUAAGGCUGUUAGCACUGGAUGCACAAACCCAAUGGGAUUUUUUUUUCUCUAGUUUUAUUAGGAAGUCGUUCAUAAACACCAGCUAGCAGUUUGGAAUUAAACAAAAAAAGAAGUUAAAUAAAAGAAAAUGUAUGAGAAAGUAGCAGGUACAGACAAACCAGAAUGCCAAGUUAGGCUACAUCAAAUGAAUCAAUGUGAAAGUUGCCUGAGUGAAGGUGUGUAGAUAAUAUCAAAGGCAUGCUAUCCUGAGAAGAAGUUAAAAAAAUAAAUGAAAAAAGUCCUGCUGCCCAGCAACCGAGAGAUGCUUCGAUCUCACACAAAGAAGAAAAGGAUAACAAUGUUUUAGCAUCUUUUUAGAAAAGUUUCCGUGUAGUAUUGCAGGAAGAAAUCAGCAAGAAAGGGAUAGUGUUUUUUGUAGUGCCAUACUUCUACCUCCUUCAUUUCCUCACAUAUAAGGUUGUUAUGGGGUUAAUUUCUACAGAGCCCGUGACCUGACACGGGUAAAAAAACAAAAAAAAAUCCCACGAAAUAAU